AUCAGUGAGGAGGGCAGAUGGCUCUUCCCCAAUUCAGCAGAGGACGAAAUGCCACAGUGGGUGGAGGAUCAGAGAGAUAUCAAUGAGGCAGGGCGAAAUAGCGACUGUGUCAGAGGAACAAUUUCCGCAGUACACUGUGCAGCGGGUAAUGGGUGCGGAAAGCCUGCUUCACUGAAGCGGUGUCCAGUGAGGCAUGCCGCGUCGGUAAAGGUGUCGCUAAUCGCCAUCCGAGAAGCCACCGCCGAUGCCGUCCCCGGUGCCGCCGCCGCUCAGCACUGCCCUGUCCACGGAUCGUUGAAGAACAAGCUCCCACUCUUCAUGCAAGCGGGUCAGCCACAGCCACACUUCCUGCACUGGACUGGUACCACAGCAUCUCCUCCUCCUCCACCUUUUCAUCCUCACUGAUCCCACAAAGUACGUGCAACUCGACGCAUAACUUUCAACACCUCAUCUCAACCACUUUCGCCAACACAGUGGAAGCAGUCAUCGGCGGAUGUUAUCAAUACGUCCAGUGCCAACACUCGCCAUAUUGAAUGUUCUCAAAUUUGGGCAUAAUAACCGGAGAAACUCACAAUGAUCACAAACACGAAAGGUGCUCAACACAUACUGAGUAAUAGUUCGCCAUUCAUCAACCGAUAGUGCGAUACGGUUGUACCCCAGCUGAUUGGUUGAGAGGCUCAGUAAUGGCUCCUACCUUACGCCGGAAAUGUCAGUUCAUUCUGGU